GAAGACUCCGAGCCAAAGUGUAAGUGUAACGCAGACGUAGCAACAAUAUGUUUCGAAAAAACAACGAUUUGUAAAUAUAAAGGGAAGAGCACCUUUCAAGUUUUCGGAUCCUCUCUGAAGACAACUUGAUCCUUCGCUGUGUGAUAGGAGGUGGACAGUAAACGAUCGACAUCUGGGGGAAACCCCGGAAUCCACCCAACGGGGCAGUUUUCGUCAUUUAAGUUGUUAGUGCAAAAGGCGUAAACAUGGUUUUAGCCGACCUUGGGAGAAAGAUAACGUCGGCAUUGCGAUCACUCAGCAAUGCCACCAUCAUCAAUGAGGAGGUCUUAGAUUCUAUGCUGAGAGAAGUAUGUAAAGCUUUGCUGGAAGCUGACGUGAAUGUCAAGUUGGUGAAGCAGCUCAGAGAAAAUGUCAAGGCCGCGAUCGACCUGGAGGAAAUGGCCUCCGGCCUGAACAAGAGAAGAAUGAUUCAGCACACUGUUUUCAAGGAGCUUGUCAAGCUGGUCGACCCUGGGGUCAAGGCCUGGACACCAACGAAGGGGAAGGGCAAUGUCAUCAUGUUUGUGGGUCUCCAGGGCAGUGGGAAAACUACAACAUGUUCAAAGCUGGCAUAUUACUACCAAAGAAAAGGCUGGAAAACUUGUUUGAUUUGUGCUGACACGUUCAGAGCUGGUGCCUUUGAUCAACUGAAACAAAAUGCUACAAAAGCCAGAAUUCCCUUUUAUGGCAGUUACACAGAGAUGGAUCCUGUCGUAAUUGCUGCAGAAGGUGUUGAAAAGUUCAAGUCAGAGAAUUUUGAAAUCAUUAUUGUUGACACCAGCGGUCGACACAAACAGGAAGAAUCGCUGUUUGAAGAAAUGCUUCAGGUUUCAAAUGCUGUGCAACCCGACAACAUCGUCUACGUGAUGGAUGCGUCCAUCGGUCAGGCCUGCGAGGCUCAGGCUAAGGCCUUCAAAGACAAAGUAGACGUGGCCUCCGUCAUCGUCACCAAGCUGGACGGCCAUGCCAAAGGAGGCGGAGCCCUGAGCGCAGUUGCGGCCACAAAGAGUCCUAUCAUUUUCAUUGGUACCGGUGAACACAUCGAUGACUUUGAGCCUUUUAAGACCCAGCCCUUCAUUAGCAAACUGCUCGGAAUGGGAGAUAUUGAGGGUUUGAUAGACAAGGUCAACGAACUCAAGCUUGAUGACAAUGAGGAGCUAAUCGACAAACUUAAACAUGGCCAGUUCACACUCAGAGACAUGUACGAGCAGUUUCAGAACAUUAUGAAGAUGGGCCCGUUUGGUCAGAUCAUGGGCAUGAUCCCAGGCUUUGGAACAGACUUCAUGAGCAAAGGCAAUGAGCAGGAGUCAAUGGCCAGGUUAAAGAAACUAAUGACCAUCAUGGACAGCAUGAACGAUCAGGAGUUGGACAACAAAGAUGGUGCUAAGCUCUUCAGCAAGCAGCCAAAUCGCAUCCAGAGAGUGGCCCGCGGUUCUGGGGUGGCAACCAGGGAUGUCCAGGAACUCCUCACCCAGUACACGAAGUUUGCCCAGAUGGUGAAGAAGAUGGGUGGCAUUAAAGGCUUAUUCAAAGGAGGGGAUAUGUCCAAGAAUGUCAACCCAUCUCAGAUGGCGAAAUUGAACCAACAAAUGGCCAAAAUGAUGGAUCCCAGAGUUCUUCACCACAUGGGUGGUAUGGCUGGACUUCAGUCCAUGAUGAGGCAAUUUCAGCAAGGAGCAGCUGGUAACAUGAAAGGAAUGAUGGGAUUUAACAACAUGUGAACCUCUGAGCCUUAAAUAAAAAUGCAAACGGAAAACAUGGAAUCAUUUAGCGAGCAAAAACAGGGAGGAGAAAGAGAUCUGUUUUUGUUUUGUUUCUGUUUUAUCUUUUUUUUUUUUUUUUUUGCCUCAAAAAAUAUUUAAUUCAUUAACUUGUAUAAAGACUAUACAGAGGCUAUCUACUUGUCAAGCCUAGUUUGUUUAAUUAAGAAGGACAUUGGGCAACAAAACAGUUUAAGGGGGAAAAUUGUUUAGAACUGCCUAAAAUCAGAAUGUUCCUUGUCUGUUCUUUGUAAAUGCGAGAUUCAGCUUGUUGAAACAGACCCUUGCCGGUCUUGUCUUUCCAUUGAUUUGCAGAUUUGAUAAAACUAGAUGGUAGGAAAUUAUAUUCCGUGAUUUUACAGUAACUGCCAUGGAAAAGCUCACAGUUAAGACACAUGAGAAGUUAAAUCACGGACAUUGAAUGAGUGUUUAGUGUUCUCUGGGCUGCAAAUGAAAAGCUAUGGCUUUUUAUUUGUGGAAAACAAAAAUAUUUUGUCUGAUUAGUAUGUGGCAAUAUUUUGUCAUAACAUGUCAUAAUAAAAUUUAUAUCACAACA